AUGCCGCUGGGACUGGGGCGGCGGAAAAAGGCGCCGCCUCUGGUGGAAAAUGAGGCUGAGCCAGGCCGUGGGGGGCUGGGCGUGGGGGAGCCGGGGCCCCUGGGUGGGGGUGGGGCAGGGGGGCCCCAAAUGGGCCUGCCACCCCCUCCCCCGGCCCUGCGGCCCCGCCUCGUGUUCCACACCCAGCUGGCCCACGGCAGUCCCACGGGUCGCAUUGAGGGCUUCACCAACGUCAAGGAGCUGUAUGGAAAGAUCGCCGAGGCCUUCCGGCUGCCAGCUGCCGAGGUGAUGUUCUGUACCCUCAACACCCACAAAGUGGACAUGGACAAGCUCUUGGGGGGCCAGAUCGGGCUGGAGGACUUCAUCUUUGCCCACGUCAAGGGGCAGCGCAAGGAGGUAGAGGUGUUCAAGUCAGAGGAGGCGCUGGGGCUCACCAUCACUGACAACGGGGCCGGCUAUGCCUUCAUCAAGCGUAUUAAGGAGGGAAGCGUGAUCGACCAUAUCCAGCUCAUCAGUGUGGGUGACAUGAUUGAGGCCAUCAACGGACAGAGUCUGCUGGGCUGCCGGCACUACGAGGUGGCCCGUCUGCUCAAGGAGCUGCCUCGAGGCCGCACCUUUACACUGAAGCUCACAGAGCCCCGCAAGGCCUUUGACAUGAUCGGUGUACGCUCAGGGGGUGGCCGCCCAGGCUCUGGCCCCCAGCUGGGCACUGGCCGAGGGACCCUCCGGCUCAGAUCCCGUGGCCCUGCCACAGUAGAAGAUGUGCCCUCAGCCUUUGAGGAGAAGGCGAUUGAGAAGGUAGAUGACCUGCUGGAGAGCUACAUGGGCAUCAGGGACACGGAGUUGGCGGCCACCAUGGUGGAGCUUGGAAAGGACAAAAGGAACCCAGAUGAGCUAGCCGAGGCCCUGGACGAACGGCUCGGUGACUUUGCCUUCCCUGAUGAGUUCGUCUUUGACGUCUGGGGUGCCAUUGGGGAUGCCAAGGUCGGCCGCUUCUAGGCCCCCUUCCAGACCUCUCAGUGACCUGGCUCCGCUUGGUGGGCGCCCCCCGUGGGAGGGCCACCAUGGCCUGGACCCCAGCAUCUGGCUUGGACCUUUGCUCCGCACCCCAAGGAUGACACAGAGUGGAGGUGGGCCCGGGCCUCUGCCCCACUCCAAUCGGUACCACCCCGCCCCAGUUCCCACCCUGGCUGGGGUGCCCAGUCCCCCCUUGCCAUGUUCCCCACCUACCUCAGCUGGGUCAGGCAUAGGGGGUGGGGGGAGGGACCAGCCAGAUUGGGCGGCCACCCCCGCCCCCAACACUUUCCGCAUCAGCUGCCAAACUGGUCUCUCAUCUCCCUGGGGCCUGUUUGGGGGUCAUGACCUCCCUCGUUUCCUGCUGCAGGGAAUGCAGAAGGGGGGCAUCCCCCCCCCCCGCAAAAAAAACAAUACCCCCCCCCCCCCCCCCGUGCCCCACCCAGAGAGGAGCCCCCUCACCGUGGAGUCUGUUACCUCCGCAUUGGAAACACUAGUCUGCUGUGAACCCCGAACCUCCCUCCCUCCCCUGCCCUCUGUGUCUCCCUCAGCCCAGCCUCAGACAAAAGGGGCAGGAGGGAGGAUGGCAGUGGGCUUUUGUAUCUGAAUUUGCUGUCUUGAACAUAAAGAAUCUAUCUGCUGUUGGA